UAUUGCGGGGACGAUAAGCUGACAGCUGACGACAUGCGCGAUCACGUGGGCGCGCGAUUGCGAUUUUUCAGGACGCGCGCGGUCGAAAAGGAUUGGAAAGAGUUCCGCGAGUUCAGGAAACCGACCUCCGCUUAAUUCAAAACAAUGGAAACUCCCCGAGUAAAUCCUUGCUCCUUUUUUUUCCCCCUCCGAUAAUGCUGCGCGCCACAUAUCGGAGAUCCGUCUUGCUGUGCCUUCAAAUCUGAUGAAAUAUUAAUAAUUAAUAUCGCUUUAUUAACGUGCGCUCGCGCAAUUCAUGCCGAGAAGACAAGCCUCUAUCCGCGACAGAAUCAAUUUCGAACUUUCCCGCCGAGGUGGGUCUCUGUGAAGUUGUCCGCGAGUCAAAGCCACGUGGCCUUUUUUUUAUAUACACAAAACAUGACGAAGGAAUAUCUCGAGUUCUGAACAAAGGGAACCAUUUCCAGAAUCCUUCGCGACGUUCACGUGAUAUUCGAAUGAUGAUCAUUGUCGCCCCGAAUUCGAACGCGACUUCCCCUCGUACGUGCGGGAUGAGGAGAAGAACGGCCCGAAGUUGGCCGCGCGAAACGCUGGACCAAUGAGCGUCGCGCGUUUGGCAAUACAAAAUUCGCCGAUUGCCGCCGUGAUCUGCCUGCCCCUCCUCUGUCCCCCUCCCCCCCCUCCUACUCCUCCCCGAGCACGCUUGUUUGUUAACCUUCAGCCCUGUCUUUCACGUGGUAGAGGUCAACUUGCGCCAGACUCUCUUCUGCCUGAUCGUUCGAAUGCGAGCCGGAGCAAACGGAAUUUGUACGGCGUGCCACGCGAUAUCAUUUUGUGCUCCGUCGUCGACGUAGGUAGAGAACCCCCUCGAGGAAUCAAAGAACGGAGGAUCCUUUCGGACGUUCGGUUUCUGCCACAUGCGAGCGAACGUGUGCGUGUCUGUGUAUAUUCGUGUGUCGGCGAGGUGUUAACCACGUUUUAAUUACGUACAGCCGCGUGCGAGGGAAAUGUCCUCGUCGGUUUGUCUUUCGGUAGCACGCAUAAAGGAUUUUGCUUGUGCAUAAUAAAAUGUCGGCAGUCGCUGCGAUAUCAUUUCCCUAAUAGAUUGUCCAUACCAAUCAGCUAAAAGUGCGCAAUUAAGUUUAAUUGACAAAAUGCCUUCAAGAAUAAGACGCCUCAUUUACGAUACGAGAGAAAUACUCAUAAGGAUUUUUAGACGCUUUCUGCAAUUUAUCCGUAGAUGGCUUGGUAAUGAAUUGGAUACUUCAUUAUUUGGAAGCAUGCCGUUUUACCCUCCAUCACCGGAACGCACCACCACCGGGCAAGUAAGAGUUCUAACUGUGAACAAUGGAGAACAUCUUGAUGGGAUAUUGUACAGAUUGAAGAAAGGUUGGGUAGUUGAGUUUCGACUCGGGGCCUCUCUUCUUGGAAAAAGGCCUAGCGUUUUUAUAAAUCAUCCGUUAUCGAACAACAGGAGAUUUGAGAGGAAUACUUAUCAUCAGUUGAAAUGGGAAAAUGAAUCGGCUAACAUACUUGUAUUUUUGGCUGGGUCAUUCCAUUAUUAUGUCACUGAUCAAGUCGAGGGGGAAAUAAAACCCAUUGCGUCCGGAUACUUGCUGGUCGAUCCCGAGUUGAGAGUAGGCGAAGACGGGGAGAAACUACCUCUGGAUUGCGUUCAAGUCCAAACUGUUCUGGCAAAAAGUUUAGGACCAUUUUCUACAUGGGAAAGUAAAUUACUGGUAGCGCGAAAUUCUGGAUAUAACGUAAUUCAUUUUACACCGAUACAGGAAUUGGGACUUUCUGAAUCGUCGUAUAGCCUGAAGAAUCAAGCCAAGCUCAAUCCUGCUUUUAACGACAAUAAUAAGUUAACUAGUUUUCGUGACAUCGAACUAUUUACACAUAAAAUGCGAACCGAGUGGAAGAUGUUGAGCAUAUGCGAUGUCGUUCUGAAUCACACGGCGAACGAGAGUCCUUUCCUGGUUUCUCACCCGGAAUGCACAUACAACUGCAUCAACUGCCCUCAUUUACGUCCGGCGUAUAUCUUGGAUGCAACGUUGUUUGAAUUAACAACCCAGGUAGCCGCUGGAGAAUGGGAAUUUAAAGGUAUCCCCACUGUAGUUGACACCGAGGAUCAUCUAAACGGGAUUCGUCAUGCCCUCCACACACAUUUCUUGCCUCUGGUGAAGAUACACGAGAUGUAUAUCGUCGAUAUCAAUGAAAUUGUAGCGGAAUUCUUAAGUUCGGCGCGCAACGAGAUGCCGCAAGACGCGAACAAUACGAUAACCGAAGAUAUUACCGUGAUUCAAGAUCCUGCUUUUCGUAGAUUAAAGUCAACUAUAGAUAUGCAGCUUGCCCUGAAGAAGUAUAAUGUAUACAGAGCUGAUUGUUUCGAUGAGGAAACUCGUCUGAGACGAUGUGCAGAGGACUUGAAGAUUAAAUUACAAGAACUUAACGAAGUUAUCACUAACGACGUGCGAAACCAUCUGAACGCUGCUAUUGAGAAUAGUAUAUCUGGGAUAAGAUAUCAACGAGUGGAAUCCGAUGGUCCAAGAAUUAAGGAAAUUAGCGAGAAGAAUCCUCUUGUUUCCAGAUACUUCACUGAUUAUGGAGAACCUAAAUCUUUAAAGGAAAGAGAGGACAUAAUGUAUUCAGAUAACGGAUGUUAUCUCAUGGCUCACAAUGGUUGGGUCAUGGAUAGCGAUCCCUUGAAGAAUUUCGCGGAGUCUGAUUCUAAUGUGUACCUUCGAAGAGAACUUAUCGCUUGGGGAGAUAGCGUGAAACUCAGAUAUGGGCAGAAACCAGAGGAUUGUCCUUUCUUGUGGCAGCAUAUGGUGGCUUACGUAGAACACACAGCGGAGUUAUUCGAUGGUGUUCGAUUAGAUAAUUGCCAUUCCACACCGAUCCCCGUUGCUGAGUUUAUGCUUGACGCUGCACGACUAGUCCGUCCAGAUCUCUAUGUUGUGGCAGAAUUGUUUACCAACUCCGAUCAAAAAGACAACAUCUUUGUAAAUCGUCUCGGCAUCACAUCUUUAAUAAGAGAAGCUAUGUCUGCAUGGGAUAGUCACGAAGAAGGGAGAUUAGUAUAUCGGUACGGCGGGGAGCCAGUUGGAGCAUUUAUGCAGUCACGGAAACGGCCGUUGGUGCCGAGCAUAGCUCAUGCUCUGUUCCUGGAUGUGACUCACGAUAAUCCCAGUCCGGUGGAGAAACGAAGUGUCUUUGAUCUACUCCCGAGCGCUGCGCUUGUAUCGAUGGCGUGCUGUGCCAGUGGCAGUAAUCGCGGAUACGACGAAUUAGUGCCUCAUCAGAUAGACGUGGUGAAUGAGAAAAGGCAGUACGCUUCCUGGACAGACGACGAUUUGGCGGACGACGUUAAGUUUGCUAACUCGAAAACUGGUAUAAUCAGAGCUAAAAAGGCAUUAAACGAUCUGCACUAUAUGCUUGGUCGAGAAAAUUUUUCGCAAGUGUUUGUCGAUCAAAUGGAUACUGACAUAGUGGCUGUAACGAGACACUCGCCGACUAGUCACGAGAGUGUAGUUCUAGUUGCGUUCACGGCAUUUAAACAUCCGGAUUGUAACGCUCGUGAACUGAGAAGGGACGUAAGACCACUGAAAGUGGAGGGUAUAGUGAAGGAAAUUAUUUUAGAAGCGUCGCUCUCGCACGUUGAUGCCAGAAACGGCAAGUCACCUUUCCUUUUGCCUGAGAAAUACGAAAAGCACGAAGACAUCAUAAAUGGAUUGUCCGAAUAUACGUUGAACCUUAAACAGCACAUACAGUGCUGUGAGUCGGCGAUAAUCAGGAAGGUCGCAUGCGACGAUCCUAAAAUCACACAGCUUAAUUUUAUGAACUUCCAACCCGGUUCUGUUAUAGCUAUACGAGUGGUCCUCCGCGACAAUAUAAAACUUGCUUUAACGAGUCUUCAAUAUACUAUCAUGCAGAUUACGUCAGAUGAGAAUUCAAGCUUACAUGAUAUAGUUUCUUGCAUGGACUUAUCGGAUAUGAAUAAAUCGUUAUAUAGAUGCGACCAGGAGGAACGAGAAGAAACUCAGGGCAAAUUUGGGGUAUACAAUGUACCGGGAUACGGAUCUCUUGUAUAUGCCGGACUGCAAGGCAUUAUAUCCUUACUGGCUGAUAUUCGCCCAAAUAACGAUCUAGGACAUCCCCUGUGUGACAAUCUUAGACAGGGUAACUGGUUAAUAGAUUACGUAUGGCAACGUCUGAAAGAGGAUGACGACACUGAAGGUCUUGGAAUAUGGUUUGAACAUACGAUGGAUCCGUUCAAGUUAAUUCCGAGAUACCUUGUACCGAGUUACUUUGACGCUAUAAUCGUGAAUGUUUAUACGGUUCUAUUAGAUCGUUGCUACAGUUUGAUGUCGAACUUUGUUAAGAGUGGAACUACAUUCGUUAAAUUACUGAGCUUGGUCUCGGUUCAAAUGGGUGGCGUAGUAAGGUCGUCGCAAUUGCCAGAUUUGUCGCCGGACCUCAGUCCACCUAAGCCAAAAAUUGAAACCCACGACGGUGUGGCUGUACAAAUGUGUCUAACGUUAUCGGCAGGUUUGCCACAUUUCGCAACGGGUUACAUGAGAAAUUGGGGUAGGGAUACCUUCAUCGCUCUGAGAGGUCUGUUGCUUCUGACGGGCAGGCAUGUCGAAGCGAGAUUCAUAAUCCUUGGAUUCGCCGGUACUUUGCGACACGGUCUGAUACCUAAUCUACUCGAUAAAGGAAGUAAUGCAAGAUACAAUUGCCGCGAUGCUUUAUGGUGGUGGCUCUACACCAUAAAAUGUUACAUCGAAGAAGUCCCGGACGGUUUGAAUAUCCUUUCCGAUAAAGUCUCAAGAUUGUUCCCGACUGACGAUUCACCAGCUUUGCCAGCAGGACAACAUGAUCAACCGCUGCACGAAGUAAUUCAGGAAGCUCUCACGGUACAUUUUCAAGGUCUCUGCUUCAGAGAGAGAAACGCCGGAAGACAGAUCGACGAGCACAUGACCGAGCGUGGAUUCAACAACCAAAUCGGCGUCCAGCCCAAAACCGGCUUCGUAUUCGGCGGCAACGAUGCAAAUUGUGGCACUUGGAUGGACAAAAUGGGAUCUUCCGAAAAAGGUCGUAACAAAGGCAAACCGGCCACUCCUAGAGAUGGCUCCGCUGUAGAGAUAGUCGGACUGAGCAAAUGUGUUCUCAGUUUUCUGGCUAAAUUGUACAAGCUAAAUCUAUUCCCGUAUGGCAGCGUUGAACGUAAAAGUCGCGAAGAAUACAAAAAAAUAACUUGGAGUUACAAGCAGUGGGCCGACAAAAUUCAAGCAAACUUCGAGAAGUACUUUUAUGUGAAUGAGAUUCCAACUGAAGGCGAGUUGUACCCCGAUUUGAUUCAUCGGCGAGGUAUAUUCAAGGAUAGUCACGGAGCGACGCAAGAAUGGGCGGAUUAUCAGUUGCGGCCUAAUUUUCCCAUCGCGAUGGUUGUUGCUCCGGAAUUGUUUGAUCCUCAUCAUGCCUGGACAGCGCUGAAGAAAGCAGAGGAGAUACUACUAGGCCCGCUUGGAAUGAAGACGUUAGAUCCUGCGGAUUGGGCGUAUAACGGAUAUUACGACAAUUCCAACGAUAGCUACGAUAGCAAAGUAGCGCAUGGAUGGAAUUAUCACCAGGGACCCGAAUGGGUCUGGCCAAUAGGAUAUUUCCUACGAGCGCGUUUGCACUUUGCGUUAUUAAUCGACGAUAAGGAUGCAUUAUUUCGCACGAUCGAUUCGACCGAUGCUAUUAUUUCACGGCACUUCAUCGAAGCGUCCACCAAUCAUUGGAGAGGCCUCCCCGAGCUUACCAACAAGGACGGAAGUUACUGCAAAGAUAGCUGUCGCACCCAGGCGUGGAGUGCCUCGGUUAUAUUAGAGGUACUCCACGACUUGACGAAGAUCAAACAGGAUUUGCGAUACGGGCAAAUAAAAUUCCAGAAUUGAUGUCACUUUGCGUGUGUUCACCACCAUCAGCUACAUUUAGAGCAAUUAAAAUUAGUAACGAGAUGUAGUGCUAGGAACGGAGCGAAUGACACGAACGUGAGCCUUCUCACCGGAACAAUAACGACACCGCGCACACCGGAAACACACGCAUAUUAUAUUCCGCACGUAGACGUAACAAACACGCAAAUCCACAAAUCUGUAGUCGCUGCUGACAAUACAUGCGCAAGAAAUGAUAUUCUGUUUGCUACCGAGGAAAGAUCGAUUUCUGCGAUUGAUAAAAAACAAUGCUACGGCACAGAUUUCGGUAGCCCGUGCGAUUCGAGAAAGAUUCCAUCAGAUGCGAGUGAUGAGGUACAUACUGAUAGUCAAUGGAAAGCUGAGAAUUACAACGAACAACAGGCGACAACUAGAAACAACGAAGCUACUAUUCGAGCCGUAUCAAACGUCGGUCACGUUUACGAGGAAAUUAGAGCUAUUAAAGAGCCACGCAGCAGUUUGCAUGAAUACGACAUUCGAGAUUACUACGAGAACUAUAGCCCCGCUACCGCGAAGACUUUGAUAGACACGCUUUUCCUGCCGCGACACGCAAUUUGCAAGGAGUGUGCAAGAACGAAAGGCAGUCCGGUCUACACUGAUCGUUUGAUAUACACGAAAGAGUCGUUACUCGCCGUAGAGGUAGUUCUGUGUCAACACGACGAUGUUUCAUGCUUCAAGUAUCCGCGCGAGGAUUCCACAGAUACUUUCUGUUCGCAAUAUGAUCAAAGUAGUCGAAAUUGCAUGCUGGUCUACAGUUACGCGAAGACCAACGCCGGGGGUAUAUUUUAUUCUCACUGCUGGCCCCGAGAUGUCUUCGAUUUGCAAUCGCUAUUGAAACCGAGCAUCCGCGUUGUAAAUCGCGCUCCCUGCAACCUCAUAGUGAAUACCCAGUUGUAUCAUCGCUACAUAAAUAGCUAUCACGUGAGAACAUCAAGAGCUGGCUGCGCACCCAUGACAUUUUAUCACGAUCGUGACACUUUGAUGAGCUGCACGAAACGCACUAGCCAUAACGAUUCACAAGAUCCGCUGAUUUAUCAGGUGCACCGAUUGAGGGAUGAUGAUACCGGCGAACAUCGGAGGAACAGGUCGAGUUUGUUGCUGCUAGAACCAUUGCUGCUAAUGCCGGAAUCGGCGGAUUCUGAGCGUCGGGAGGACAUUAAGAAUAGGACCUCGCGAACGGAACGCAUAACAAUUAUUAGAAUAAUAAUGGCCUACGUGUUAUCAUUUCUUAUUCUCACGAGCAUUACAUUUUACGUCGUUUAUUUUACCUAGAGCGGUUGUUUGUUAAACUUACGAAACGAUAAGAUAUUUAGGAAACUCAAUCACAUUCGGAUGUUACUUGAUACAUUUAUUGUCAUUAAUUUUACGUUACAUUUGUUACGAAGUGUUGUCAAAAUAUUCAACGGAAUAAUCGAGAUCGCAUAUAUGCAUGAUGAUUUAUAGUUUGUCGUUACAUGUGUAUUUUAUGUCCGUUAUUAAUGGGGUAAUUCGCCGAUUCAUUAAUGACAAGAAAUUGUUUUACGAUAUGCAAAUUGUUAACUAUCUCAAUCGUUAAAUCUGCAUCACUAUGAGCGAAUCGUUUUUACCUCCAUUAAAUUACGCGUAACAGAACAAUUUUAAUUAACAAGCUCACAUAAUUCAUCAUAAAUAUAUUUUAUAUACGUCCUCUAGAGAUAUAAUCAUUGCAAAUAGCUUCAUUGAAGCUUAUUUAAAAAAUGUUAUUCGAGACACGUGCUCGAGCCCUGUAAUCUCGAAAAUCUAAGAUUUAACUCCUUUACGUGUUGUUGUCUAUUAAUAUAUCAAAUAUUUAAUAGUUCCUAUUAUUAAUUUCACUGAUACUAGAAAUGCCGAAAUUGAUUUUAGCGAGGUCUUAUUUAUAUAAAUACUCGUCGAUAUAUAUAUAAUAGAUUCAUACAAUAAAUAAAAACUGAUAUGCUUUAGUACAUUUUUGUCAAGAAACAAAAGCUAUUAGAGUUUUCGAAAUUUUCGGGUAAAUCCGUGAAUAUAUCUUAAAAUUGUAAAUGCACAUAUUUAAAUCGCGAAAAGCAUGUGGAAAACAUAAUGAAUAUUGUAAUAAAACAAUCCUGACAAAACUUCUAACUAACA